AUGAAGCUCCUCUGCAGUUCAUGCAGUCGUACUGGCCAAUACCCAACGGCGAAUAUCAAGAGACAGUUCUCUGAUAACCCCUCCAAGAACAACGACAUCAAGAUUGGCCUCAUCGUUGGCUUCACUCUUGCCGCCUUCUUGGCCAUUGUCAUUACCUUCUUGUACUUUUACUACGGCUCUGCGAGGUUUACGUUCAGGAAGAAGAAGAAGAACCACCGGCACCAACAUCAUCACCACCUGCAUCAUCAUCCUCGUCAUAGGAGACAGAAAUCGCUUAGUAGUGGGGGAUCGGGACUUUCUAAUAACAGUGCUCCUCCUCCUGCACCCCCUGCUGAUGACGCUCCGCCUAAAGAUAAACCAGCGGAUGGGUAG